GACACAUUUCAGGCCUACGGCGACUUCAACACAAACAACCGCCCUGGACGUCCACCUGGACACGGCCAGGACGGACGCUUUUAACCCCAAGGAGGACUGGGAGAAAAGCGUUGUUAAGGCUGUGUGGCGAACAUCCAGGACGCUUUUCGGCAUGCCUCUCCAUAGCAUCUGGCCCUUGUGUGGGAGCGUUUGUAUGGACUGAGUGAAAGCCGUCGCCAUGGGCAACGAGGACAGCCUGGAGGACGUGUUUGUGGCUGUCCUUCGGCCCAAGAGUCAGGUCAGCCUGAGCUCAAAGGAGUACCGAGCCAAAGCCUAUGAGAUCCUUCUGAGUGAAGUGCCCUUGGAAGGGAAGGAAAAGAAAAGGAAGAAAGUCCUCCUGGCGACAAAGAUCCAAGCAACAGGGGACAAAUCCAAAUCCAUUUUAGAUUAUGUUGCAGAAACGAUCAAGCCCUUAUCCAACAACCAAAGCUUCAUUGGUAAACGGGUAGUACACAUGAAGAAAUUCUCCCUGGAGGGAGACAAUGAAGUCAAAGAAGUGUCGCUGUAUGUGGUGCCAGUUAGUGUUAAAGAUAACAGCAAGCCCGUCCACAACGCCGGCGGUCCGAGCUUUUACUGCCUGCAGGACAUCAUGAGGGUGUGCAGUGAGACCAGUGUCCACUUCUGCUCUGUCACCUCCAGGAUGCUCCUGGCUUUAGACAAGUGGUUAGCCGAGCAACACACCGUGCCUCACGCCAUUCCGGCCUUGUUCCGACCAGCACCCGUGGAGCGGGUCAAGACCAACGUCAGCAACCCGGCGUACGGCUGCGAGGGCAAACCGAGCGACGAAGGCCUGCACAUGGGCUACACGGCGCUGGAGAUCAAGAGCAAGAUGAUGUCCCUGGAGAAGGCGGACAUGUGCGUCCUGAAUCCCCUCUAUGGCUCUGAUCUGCAGUACACCAACCGGGUGGACAAAGUUAUCAUCAACCCGUACUUUGGGCUCGGAGCACCGGACUACUCAAAGAUUCAGAUUCCGACCAGGGAGAAGUGGCAACAUGGCGCCAACUGCACAGCUGAAGACAAGGAGCGUCAGUGGGUGGACGACUUCCCGCUCCACCGUAGUGCCUGCGAGGGAGACACAGAGCUCCUCUCCAAGCUUCUGGACGGCGGCUUCUCAGUCAAGCAGCUGGACAGCGACCACUGGGCACCCGUCCACUAUGCCUGCUGGCACGGCAAAGUUGAGGCAACCAAGCUGUUGCUGGACAAAGGCAAAUGUAAUCCAAACCUCCUGAAUGGGCAGCUCAGCUCACCUCUGCACUUUGCUGCCAGAGGAGGGCAUGCAGACAUUGUGCAACUCCUGCUGCAACACCCUGAGAUCGACCGGCACAUAGAAGACCAGCAGAAGCGAUCGCCACUGCAAGUGUGCGAGGAGAACAAGCAGAACGAAUGGGAGGAGACGGUGAAGCUUCUGCAGCAAGCCAGCAGCAAACCUUAUGAGAAGGUGCGUAUCUACCGCAUGGACGGCUCGUAUCGCUCCGUGGAGCUGAAGCGCGGCAACAACACCACGGUGCAGCAAAUCAUGGAGGGGAUGCGUCUUUCUCAGGACACGCAGCAGUACUUCACCAUCUGGAUCUGCUCGGAGAACCUCCACCUGCAGCUGAAGCCAUACCACAAGCCCCUGCAGCACCUGCGCAUCUGGACGGAGAUCGUGACGGAUCUGACGGUGCUAGAUCCUCAGAGGGAGACACCUCAGCUCUUCCUGCGGCGGGACGUUCGCUUGCCUCUAGAGAUUGAGAAAAAGGUGGAGGAUCCACUGGCCAUCCUCAUCCUCUUUGACGAGGCUCGCCACAGCCUCCUGAAGGGCUUCUUUCCGGCGCCGGACAGCAAGCUGAUCACGCUGGCCAGCUUCCUCCUGCAGAUCAUCUACGGGAACUACGAAAGCAAGAAGCAUAAGCAGGGCUUCCUCAAUGAAGAAAACCUGAGGUCCAUUGUGCCGAUAUUAAAGGUGAAAAGCAAAGCGUACCACUGGACCAACAGGAUUCUCCAUGAAUACAAAGCGCUGAGCACCAGCGAGGGUGUGAGCAAGGAGAUGCACCAUCUGCAGCGACUCUUCCUGCAGAACUGCUGGGACAUCCCCACCUAUGGAGCGGCCUUUUUCACUGGACAGGUGUACACCAAGGCCAGCGCCAGCAACCACAAAGUCAUUCGCGUCUACGUGGGCGUCAACACCAAGGGCCUGCACCUCAUGAAUAUGGAGACCAAGGCGCUUCUCAUCAGUUUGGAGUACAGCACGUUCAUGUGGCAGCUGGGACACGCCGACCAGUACUUCCAAAUACACAGCGGCGAGAACAAAAUGAACUUCAUUGUGCACACAAAACAGGCGGGCCUCAUUGUGAAGCUUUUAAUGAAGCUGAGCGGACAGAUGACCCCCAACGACAAAGGUGCUGCUGCAGACAAAUACGCUUACGGCUGAUGAAUCUUUCGUGCAGGAAUGUUCAACGACGACACAGCUGCCAAAGAAAACAUUUCUGCGCUGAAAAAAAUACAACUGACUGACUGCAAUAAUGUAUUAAUCUCUCUUCUUUCACAACCGCACUGUGUGUGUGUUUUGACAAAUUUUGCUCUUUCACAUUUGUGUAAAUAAGUUAUUUAAUAAUUUGUUGUAAUAAAUUCAAUGCUGUAUGAGAGUCGGUCGGUCUUUAAAAUUAAAAUAUUUGUGAGAAAUGUGAUUGAAUUG